AUGGAAAAACAUUAUGAAGAGGUUUAUGUAAAAAAAAAUUAUAUUUCAGCCAGCAGCAAUAGCAGUUCAAGCGAACGAGUGCAACAUCCACGUGGUGGUCAGUCUGUUCCUGAUGUUCUUCUUCAUCAUCCCGGCCUACAUCCACGCCGUCUGGUACUGCUUCAUCCGCAAACCCGCCGAGCACAUCAUCGCGUGAACACAGCGCCCGUCUUUCGCUCAUCUCAUCCCAACUCACUCCCAUCGCAAGCAGCUUCUGCCGCUGGGAAGCGCACUUUGUUCUCGCUUUAUGUUGAUCAGUUUACCAUUGUGCACAAGGACAUCAGUUCAACCCCCUCUCACUUCGCACUUACCCUCUUAUUCGUUGUCAUUCCACUUGUUUUAUUUUAUUGAUC